UAUUUAUUGUCGCAGAUUCGCCAGAAACCUUCCUCAAAACAAAUAAAAAUACGAUUUUGAAUUAUUUAUUCAAGAUGUAAUGUAGAUAUGUACAUUUAUUUAUGUAACUCUUAGGAUAUUACGUUUUAUUUUACAAACAUGGAGACGUCAAAUGCAGGUGGGACUUCCUCCAUCUUCAUGUGUAAACUGUGCAACCUGUUCUCCCCACACCCAGCACAGCUCCUCUCCCACGUGUCUGAGAAGCACCACACAGAGGGGCUCAACCCUGAUGACAUCAUUGUGGCCCUCAUGCCAUUGACAGCUCCACUGGAGAAGGGUGGAGGUGGAGAUAGCCCUGUCAAGAGGAAACGAGGACGUCCUAAGGGCUCAACCAAGAAGAUUGUAGCUGUUGGGCACAUGACAGAGACUACUAGCCCCAACCAGAAGAAGCAGAAACAACAGACAGUAGAGGCCCAAUCAGAAGCUGGGCCAGUGGAAGAACCAGAGGACGACAAUGCUCUGGACUGCAAGAAGUGCAACCGUGUGUUCGGCAACAAGCGACAGAUCAUGAAACACAUCUGCUUGAUAGACCUCAGAGAGGAUGGGGAGGAGGAGGACAACGACAAAGAGUUUGAGGCUCAACCUGGUGCAUCAGAAGACAAAGACGAGGACAGGGAGAGAAGCUCAAAGAGGCCACGGCCACUCCGCUCUGAGAAGGUUUCCUUUGUGAAGGAGCAGGAACAAGCAGGAAGCACCAAGAACCCCAUCAUCAGUGUGGUUCUCACCGCUCACGAGGCACUUCCUGGUGCGACAAGGAUAGUGCCGAUCGAGGCCACCCCAGCAGAGCCGGUUGUUACUGCAGACACAGACUCUCAGGAGGCAGGACAGAAGAGAGGUUUUCAGGAAUAUUCCAUACAACAAGCUGCUUAUGAAGUGCCAUUAAAGUCAAACAGAAUAGGACAGACCCAGUUGAAGAUCUUCACCUGCGAAUACUGCAACAAGGUCUUCAAGUUCCGCCACUCCUUGCAGGCCCAUCUGCGAACCCACACCAACGAGAAACCCUUCAAGUGCCCACACUGCGACUACGCCAGUGCCAUCAAAGCCAACCUCAGCGUUCACAUGCGCAAACACACGGGAGAGAAGUUCAGCUGUGAGCACUGCUCCUUCCAGUGCCUCAGCAAGGGCCACCUCAAGGUGCACGUGGAGAGAGUUCACCACAAGAUCAAGCAGCACUGUCGCUUCUGCAAGAAGAAGUACUCUGACGUCAAGAACCUGCUCAAGCACAUGAGGGAGAGCCACGACCUGGAGGACAAGAAGGUGAAGGACUCUUACCAUGAGUACAGUCUACAGACCAGAGAAGGCAAGAGGCAGCUCCUCUACGACUGCCAGAUCUGCGACCGCAAGUUCAAGAACGAGUUGGACCGCGACCGCCACAUGAUGGUCCACGGCAGCGAGAGGCCGUUUGGCUGCGAGCUGUGUGACCACGGCUGUACCAAGUUCCAGGCUCUCCAAGCGCAUGUCCGCAAGCACCCCUUCCUCUACGUGUGUGCUGCCUGCCAGCAGAGGUUUGUCAGCUCCGUGCGGCUUAAGGCCCACCUGAAGGAGGCUCACCCAGAGUCAGAGGAGGCGGCCGGGUUCUCAGAGUCCAUCAACAGCAGCUUCUGUCUGCUGGAGCCGGGGGACGACAUCAAGAGAGAGAUGCUGAGACAGGAUGAGAUCAGGAUGGCUGAGGAGCUGUCUCUACUCAACGCCCAGCAGGAGGAGGAGGAGGAGGAGGCUCUCGCUGGUGACCCUUCAGAGGAGCAGGAGGAGGCCCUCGCUGGUGACCCUUCAGAGGAGCAGGAGGAGGCCCUCGCUGGACACCCUUCAGAGGAGCACGAGGAGGUCCUCGCUGGUGACCCUUCAGAAGAGCAGGAGGAGGCCCUCGCUGGUGACCCUUCAGAGGAGCAGGAGGAGGCCCUCGCUGGUGACCCUUCAGAGGAGCAGGAGGAGACCCUCGCUGGUGACCCUUCAGAGGAGCAGGAGGAGGCCCUCGCUGGUGACCCUUCAGAGGAGCAGGAGGAGGCCCUCGCUGGUGACCCUUCAGAGGAACAGGAGGAGGCCCUCGCUGGUGACCCUUCAGAGGAACAGGAGGAGGCCCUCGCUGGUGACCCUUCAGAGGAGCAGGAGGAGGCCCUCGCUGGUGACCCUUCAGAGGACCAGGGGGAGGGAGAGGGGCUGGGAGAGGAGGAUGGGGUGGAACAGGGAGAGGGGCUGGGAGAGUGGGAGGAACAGGUGGUCCCUGAUCCGGGCCCUGAGGGGCAGACUGUAGAGACAUACGUGUUGAACCAACCUUCACAAGAGACUGAGACUCUACAAGACAGAACUGAGCCAAUCAGUCCUGAACGAACCCAGACAACAAGCAAAGGCACGGCCCAGGAAGUAAUCAGUGAGGAGAGACCUGAUAAGACACUGAUGGAGGAAGACAAGCCUCAUGGGGAGAAUAACGUCACUGUGGCUGAACAAGACACUUUGGUAGAAAGGCCUUCAGGCAAGGAGGAAUCAGUGGGCCACCAGCAGUAUCCUGAAGAAGACAAGGGUUCUUCAUCAACAUCACAAGGUCAUGUUGAGGACACUCUCCGGUCUUUGGUUCUGAUUCAGGGGGAGGUCAUAGGUCAAACAAACGCUUCAGCAGGACCACAAGGAGAGGAUGGUACAACGGAGGAGAGGAGCGCUUUCCAACAGAUUCUAGAUAAGCUGCAGAAAAGGCAGCUGAACAUGGUUGUCUUUGAGAGAAUACGGAAAGUAUACGGGGACCUGGAAUGUGAAUACUGUGGAAAGCUCUUCUGGUACCAAGUCCACUACAACAUGCAUGUGCGCACUCACACAAAAGAGCAUCUACAUUACUGUACCCAGUGCAGCUAUUCUUCCAUCACCAAGAACUGCCUGAAGCGCCAUCUAAUCCAGAGACACAGUAACGUCCUGCUCCAGUGCCCCAUGGAAGACUGCCAGUACUGCACACCUGACAAGUACAAGCUGCAGGCCCACCUCAAAACACACUUUGACAACGAGAAGAAAAGCUUUGCUUGCCCUGUGUGUGAGGAAACGUUCACUGAAGAUAAACUUAAGCUUCAUAUCAGGAACUUUCAUCCAGAUACGCCGAUGAACGCCAUCUCUGAGGCGCUGGGGGUGAGGGUGCAGAUGAAGGGCUUGAUCGGGAAGAGAGCAUCUAAGUGCCCUUACUGUGACAGCUACUUCAUGAGGAACGGAGCAGAUCUACAGCAGCACAUCUGGGCUCACGAAGGAGUGAAGCCCUUUAAGUGUUCCCUGUGUGAUUAUGCCAGCCGCAGUAAGAGCAACCUGAAGGCCCACAUGAGCAGACACACCACGGAGAAGACACAUCUGUGUGACAUGUGUGGCAAGAAGUUCAAGUCCAAGGUCACUCUGAAGAGCCACAAGCUGAUGCACACAGAGGACGGUAAGCAGUUCAAAUGUACAGAGUGUGAUUACAGCGCUGCACAGAAACCUCUGCUGGUGAGACACAUGGAGCAGCACGCCUCUUUCAAGCCCUACCGCUGCGGCCACUGUCACUACUCCUGUAACAUAGCAGGACCCCUGAAGAGACAUUACAGCAAGAAGCACCCCGACCAGGAGUACUGUAACGCAGGGCCUGGGCCAGCCGCCUCUGAGGCUGUGGAGCAGCAAGGUGGAGUGAAGUGUCCCGUGUGUGACUAUGUGUACGGCACCAAGUGGGAGAUGAACAGACACCUGAAGAACAAGCAUGGCCUCAAAGUGAUUCAGAGUGACGUGCUUGGUCUCAACCAAUGGGAGGUGGUGGAGCAGUCGAUGGAGCAGCCUCUUACCCAGUACCUCCACAUCACUGAGACAGAGGACACUCAGGGGACCGAAGCUGCCGUGUCGGCCCUCCAGGACCUCCGGUUCACAGAGAACGGGGUGGCGUCGACCACCACAGAAGGGCUGGAUCCCACAGCGGUUAACAUCCUCCAGCAGAUCAUUGAGCUGGGGGCAGAGUCUAAUGAUGCCACAGUGGCCUCCAUGGUGACCAUGGCCCCUGGCAGAGUGACCGUGGUGGAGCAGGUGGGUGAGGAGGAGCAGCAGGGGACCCACACUGUGAUGAUCCAGGACCCAUUCCAGCAGGCAGCCUCCAUGGGUCUGGGUGAGGAGCACCAUCUGGUGGUGUCGUCUGACGAUGUGGAGGGCAUGGAGACGGUGACUGUGUACACUCAGGGAGAGGAUGCCUCCCAGUUCAUCGUCUAUGUCCAAGAGGCUGUGCAGACCGAGGAGCAUACUGUGGAAUCUAUCUGAGCAGGACAGGGCAUUGGUGCAGGGAUGGAGGAGCAGUCAACAGUUUCAUCCUGGGUCAUUCAGAAGGUGGAAGACAAUUUGAAACAGGGAGGUACUACCUGAACUUGUCCAAUUAGAACACAGAUUUGAAUUGUUCCGUUGCUAAACAUUUUGCUACAGUGUGCCCUAUUGAACUCCACCCUGGCUUGCUCUAUGAAACCCACAACCAAUCUCCAAUGGAUUUGAUUGGAGUAACAUAGUGACUUGAAGUGUAUCAUUUCAUCGCUUAGGCCUUUUCUCUGUGAUUAGCAUUUCUUUAUGUCAAUUCAACUUAAUAUAUCAAAGGCUUUUCUUAGAAAACAAGAUUUUGGAAUGUACUUUUUAUACAAGUGUAAAAUUACUUUAAGGGAAUAAAAUGUAAACGUGGAUAAUUCAAAUACUUAGGCCGGGAUUCAAUCUGUGUAACGUUGUCGACAAUGAGCCUUUUAAAGGCUAUGUUACCGCGUUCACGGUAAAUGCUGCAGAUGUUGUCUCAAUUGGAAAUUAGCUUUAAAAAUGUCAAGCGCACUAUAACGCAGUUUUAGAUUGAAUCUCUGCCUUACUUAGCUAACAUAGUUGCAGUUUUGGUAUGAUGUGCCUUUCUUGAAUGUUUACAACUGAUCAUUUACAGGACUAGAUACUUUAAAGGUCUAGAUUGUUGAUCAUGUUGUUCUAUACAC